CAACGGUCUAAAAUAAAACAUCAACACUAUCGAUUCAUUUCCUUCUUUAAACGCAUUUCGUAAAUACGAAGACUCCCAAAAAGUGUCAAAUGACUUGCUAGUAAUUCGAAACUAUUAAAAGCCAUGGAAGAACAGCCGAUAAAGCAAGAAGUAAAAACCGAGAUCGAAGCCCAAACACACCUCGACGAAGACGAUAACACCCCGCUCCGAGAAAGUGCAAUAGAUUCGCCGCCCCAUGCCUUUGCGCCGGGCGUUCCUUUGGUCCAAUCCGGAUGGGAAAGUGACCACGACGAUGGCAGUCACCUUGCUGCACCCCGCACUCCGGGUGCCAGUUUUAUGGAAAUCGCAGCGAAAGUAGAGCCCAAGCCGGAAGUCCAGAAUACGGAUGAGGAUGAUGAAAUGCUGGAUCAGCUCCUGAAUGAGGACUUCGACUGCGAGAGACCCGCGCCUGGUCCCGAUAUAAAACCAGUUGUUAAGUCGGAGCCCCGGGAAGCUACUCCCCGCACCCUGGACGGCAUUCCAAGCCAAUACACUCUUCGGGAAAACCUCAACGAUAUGGAUCUGUGCAGCCUAGAUGCUUUGCCAUCAGAGAUUCCUGCGGAUGCCGAGAGUACCGACGCGCUUCUGGCCACUAAGAAGGAGAUCCUGCAGCAGUUGGCCGAGGUGGAAACUGAGUAUGCGUCAAAACCCAAGGAAAAGAAGAAGAAAAAGAAGCACAAAAAGGACCGGUCUCAAAAAUCAAGCCAAAGCAAGGAGGAAUCGGAGCCAAGGAAACGUCGACAUAGUCAGAGUUCGCCCAACGACAGCCAGAAGGAGAACAAGCGCCACCGCAGCGGCCACAGUAGUCAAGGACAUCAUCAUGGCCUGAAAACACCGAAACCCGAUCCAGACUUCGACUGUAUUCCAGUCAGAAGCGAUGAACGGCAUGUACGACUGGUGCAGUCCUCCCGCCUUUUUGCCCCAAAACAGGAGUUAGAGCAACCCAAAGUAAAUCUGUCCCUGGCCGACAAGCGAAAUAGAGCCACAGCUCGGGCCGAACUGGCAUUGCUGAUGUUCCAAAAGAAGAAGGACGACCAGGAGCAAGUGGAGGUUCAAGUGGUGGAAACAGUGAGCAAGCUGCCUGUCAGCGAAUCGUUUCGCAAUCAGGACUCCUUCGAGAAUCCCUCGCCGAUCUGCAACAACAUGAACGUGACGUAUGCGUUCAACUCCGUUCCAGGCACCAAGAUAGAGUUUGGCAAGUGGGGCUUGGAAACUGUGCCGCAGGCUACCAGGGAACUGCUUCGUGUUCUGGGCAUCAGCUUGGAGCGCCUGAAGCAGAUUCAGAUCACCGCCAAGCCAUCGCAGCGCAUUCUGAAACUAAAGAAGGAGCAGCUGGAGAAGGGACUCUCGCCGGCGGAGGACAUCGAAACGGCGACACUUUACAAGAACGCUGCCACCCAAACGGAGGGCGUCUCCGCCACUCGAAGUGUUGAGACUCAAGUCCGCUUGGAGAGUCAAUACAGUGGUGCUUUUUGGCAGGAUCCAACUUUCGAUGUGACGGAUCUGACCCAGCAGCAAUCGAACGUAAUGUUCGCAUUAAUGGAGCUCUUCACGACGGUGCCCGACUCGACCUGGGCCCAGACACUCUACCGGGCCCUGGAACCGGCUCUCCACAUUAAACGACGAUUCAAUCGUUAGCAUUUUUAAAUAUUCAAUAUUCGCAAUAAUACACAUCGAAUUUAUUUGUAAAUCAUUAUUCCAAAGGCAACAUGAAAACAUGCCAAAGUUUCGAUUGCGCUAGGACAUUAUAUAUAGUAUGUAAACGUUGUCUUCCUCGAAUAUAUAUAAUAUAUAUGUGUGUUAAAAUCUCUCAGAGGCUUUAAAGGCCGCACCGACUCAUCGCUAUCAUCGCAUAUACAUAUAGAAUUGUAAAUCUCAGGCAAAGAGUACUCUUAACUUUUAUAAAAUUAAUAAAUACACAUGCUCAUAUA